CAAAAUCAGAUGGGAACCGAGUUUAUACUUUCUAGAAGCUAUUCAGCUGAUAUGGUUUCUAUAUUGAAGGAAUAUACAAUUCAUGUCGUAAAUAUCUAAUAUAGUUCAUCAAAUGAAUAUUAAUGAUAGUAUAUUAACUAAGGCUGGUUUAUACCUUGGGGGCUAAGAUCAGAAAAGAGACUCAAAAAAAAAGAAGGAAUUAUAAAGUUCUAUGAACUAGAUCAGAUAAGAAGCAAAAAAUUAAUUAUACUACCAGAAUUCAGAAAGUUAACACUCAAUAAUAUAUAUUAUAGAUCUCAUAUUACAAUGAUAUAAGCAG